CCAGCCAGUGCAGGUAAAGACGUGAGAGGGGAUGGGUUUCACCAUGUGCAUUUAUUUACUACCUCCACUCGUCUAGCCAAAGCCUUCGCCAGGAGUGUUUCAGAGGCUGCAUUACCGAGGCUUAUGUUACCACCACGUCACGCAGGAUCGCCGCACGUCUUAGCAAUGCUCUCGCCGCCCUGUGCAUCUCUAGUUCACCUCCAGUGCUGAGAUUUUUCAACCUUGCAUGUGUGUGUGUGUGUGCGAGUGAGUGUGUCGAGGCUCAAGGUGGUCAGCGGAUCCAGUCAGUCGGUUGUCGGGACUUCAAUAUUCUAAGGGUGACGAUAAGCAACUACCGCCUCAGCUCCUGCCGCCUUUCAGCCUCCCGUGCACCGAUGCUCACCUGAACCGCGACCUCUGACCUACAGACUCAUAAUGGCGGCGCCCUCCACCAGAUGGCUGUGCCUGCUGCGGCCUCUCUUCUUCCUCCUCCUCCUUCAGGGCUCCAGAGUCGCGGGUCAGCUGACCAUUGGCAGUGCUGACUCCUUCCUUCCGGAGCACCUGGACGCCAAAGCCGUCUCCACCACUGGUAAAACUAUAGACAUUACUCCGCUUUCUGACGCCUCAGUCACUAAUGCUGCUGCUGACGCUGCUGCUGACGCUGCUGCCGCAGAAACUGCCUCUGAUGCCAACUCACCAGUGGCGAGCGAAGCUGGUGAUUACUUAUUCACAGCCACAGACUCACCCAGCGAAGAUACUACUCUUCCUGACUUUGACGACUAUACUGUAGACGAGACAGAGACGACAACUAAGUCCGGCAGUCCUGAGAAUGACGUCAUCGAGCCAGGAAAAGCAGAUCUUCCUGACUAUUUGGCUGACGGUGAACAAGGGGAUGGAAUGACGACAGCCUCCUUGGGCCUCACGCGGCGCAUCGUGUUCACAGGUCCCGACACCACGGCCACCACUCCGCUGGCACCGCUCGAGUCCACGCGUCCGUCUUCAGUGCUGCGUGAACUCAAUGACCCGACUACAGAUUUGUGGCUCCCAAACUGGCCUUCACACCUCUUGGAGGGCACCAAAGAGUUUCGAAGACCGUCAGUAAGGUUUCCAACAGGUCCUCCACCAACAGCUACCCUUGACACCACUCUGGCCUCCCCCGUCACGACCUCGCCGUCCUACACAGUCACCAAAGUUCCUGUCACUCAGUAUUACUUUGACCUGGCAUCUGUUAACCCAACAGCCAUCCCAGGUCCGCUGUUUGACCGCGAGUCUGUCACCGCCUCCUCGUCAAUGGUGCCAUCUGUACUUCCCGAUGUGACGCAGCCUCUAGAACCAGAGGAUCUCCCGUCGAGCAUAUCGGAGUUACAAUCCAGUGUUCUGGUGGAUGCAGCGGAGCCACCAGUGACAUCCACUCCGGCGUUACCUCCCUCUACCACAUCGCUAGUGAUAACUACUGAAGCACUUCAAUCCAUCAAUCCAUCUGCUACCACGGAAACAGUACCUCCAACUUCCACCGCCUUGAAUGAGGUGGUGGAAGGACACCUCGAUAACACACUAACUGAAGAAACACAAGCCGGUGACACGACUGUCAAGGAAAUUCCUGAGACUUCUGUAGUGAUGCCCUCAGGAUCUGGCUCCACCCAGAGCGGUCUUGAUAUCGAUAAUUCAGAAAGCACAACAACCGCGGAAGAUCCAGACAGCCUCUUCUCACCAGCUGUCACGAGUGAGGCACCUCAGCCAACAAACAUCUCACAACCUGUUACGCAGUCGCCUACUUUGCCAGCGCCAUCAACUAACAGUGAGCCUCUUACUACCACAAGCUCAACCACCCCUGGUAGUGUAAAGCCGUCGUCUGUCCGUACUUCACCAGCAGCAAAAACCUCUAGAAUUCCUUUGUGGCAGCGUCUGUCGCAGUCCUCGCCUUCUAGACCAAACACCCAACCUUCCAGCACCCCGCUCACUCCCUCCAUUGCUGCCACUCUUGCUGCAGAUGCAGUGACGCCUUUAUCCUCUGCUCCCCCUCCUCUACAGAACACAUCAGUAGAGCCUCCUUUGGCAUUAGAUGAGUCCUCCUCUACCGCCCUCGCACCUUCUCCACCCCAAAAUGAUUCCACUCAUGAGCCUGUGAUCCCAGACGAGUCCGACCCUUCCACUCCCUUAGAUAUUGAUGAUCCAGAUGAGGUUUUAACUAGGGCAAUGAAGAGUGAGAUUGGAAAUGUUGCUCAUAAUAGCACAGAGCCUCCCACCACGGCCCCAGAACCCACAGUCUCUCCCCUUGUUGACACUUCUGAGCUGAACACUGAUACAGAGACUCCCCAGAAUACCACGACUCAAGAUUCUAAUGUAGAUACACUUACCCCUGCUAGUCUUGACCAACACACUUCAGUAGAUAAUACCAGCAAUGUAGAAGUUGUAGAUAAUGCACUAGAUGGCACUCACCCUAACACCUUACCAGGCUCUAACACAUCAGAAAACAAAACACAACAUGGAAAUGGAAUAUUUGAUGAUCCAAAGGUAAGCGAUGAUGAGCCCUUACUAGUCCCAGCUCAAGAUGAGAAGGAUCCAGUAGUUGAUCCUUCUGAGGUUCCUGUUACACUUGCCCCGACUGUAAGUGUCACCUGGACUCCUAUAAUAGAGGAGACAGAAAGUGUCCCCCUCCCUACCUCCACCUCCUCAGUGCCCAUUGUCACCACCGUUGUGUCCCAAACACCCCCAGAGGUGCUUACUGGCUUCACCCCAAUCAUAAAUGCGACCCACAUUAUCCCUGCGUCCCACAGUGAACUAGUGCCAGAAAUUAGUGCCACUAUUGCUUCGCCAGCCUCUACAGUUGAGUUUGUCGACAGCAGCACCACCACCAGUGCACCAGCCCAAGACCUUAGCACCCCGUCUGCACCUUCUAGCACCCUUACUGCUUCAUUAGCUCCCACUGCUGUACCCAAAACUGACAGUGAGUCACUUGAUGAUGAUUCUUCUGUUACUGAAUCUGUUUAUCAAAGUGUGAUGAAAAUAGAUAGAAUUUUACCUUCUUCUGACCUCCUUCCCUCAACUCUGUUCACCUCAGAAAGAGAGGAUACUUUUGUAGCAUUUCAGACACCAACAUUUGCAGGACCCUUACAGACUUUUUCCUCAUUAGAAUUUUUAGUCCCUGAGGUAGAGUCCACAGUAGUAGAAAGCCUUCUGGAGUCCAGCAUCCUGGCCACAGAAAGUUUUCCUUCUUCCCCAACACUUCCUGUCCCAGAUAUUCUCCCCAGCCCCUCUGAGACCAUAGUACCUGCCCACACCUCACACAUCACACACACCAACUUGUCCUCUAUCCCUCCUGUUUCUCUCAUUGUCCCUCAGUCCACAGCUUCCCCAACAUUUUCCGAGAUAUCCAUGACCUCCUCUCCCUCUAGAACUCAUGAAGUUUCAAAAUCCUUAGCUUUUGUUUUCUAUCAAUCUCUUCCAGAGUCCACAGUUUCUCCUGUCUCUCCAGAUAUACCACUGUCUUCACCUGCCCCUGUCCUCCUUGAUGCCCCAGUGUCUUCAAAUAUUCUUGAUGUUCCACUGUCCUCAGGUACCCCCAUCCCUCCUGAGGUCCUCGUAUCUUCCCCUGUGCCUGUCCCACUCGACGUUCCAGUAUCAUCAGCUGUCCCUGCCCCUCCUGACGCUCCAGUAUCUUCAGCUGUCCCUGCCCCUUCUGAUGUCCCAGUAUCAUCAGCUGCCCCUGUCCUUCCUGAUGUCCUAGUAUCUCCAGCUGUCCCUGCUCCUGAUGCUCCAGUAUCUUCAGCUGUCCCUGCUCCUUCUGAUGUUCCAGUAUCAUCAACUGUCCCUGCCCUUCCUGAUGUCCUUGUAUCAUCAGCUGUCCCUGCCCCUUCUGAUGUCCCAGUAUCAUCAGCUGUACCAGUCCUUCCUGAUGUCCCAGUAUCAUCAGCUGUCCCUGUCCUUCCUGAUGUCCCAGUAUCAUCAGCUGUCCCUGUCCUUCCUGAUGUCACAGUAUCAUCAGCUGUCCCAUUGCCUCCCGACACAUAUGAGUCUUCAGUUACUCCUGACGUUGUAGUCUCUUCAGCAGUCCCUGUCCCCACUGAGGUUCCUGUCUCAUCUGUCACCUCAAUGUCCACCGCUGUUCCCAUGCUUCCUGAUGCCCCCAUUUCCUCAGCCUCCGUAGCCAUCCUCCCCACCCCGUCCCUCCGUCCUACCUCCGACUCACCCACUUUGGUUGUCCCGACAGCCACAGACGAUCCCAUCCCCACUCUGUUACCACAACCACUGCAUCCUGAAGAAGGCGGGGAAGAGGAAACACAUGAGGAGAUGCCAGGGAAGGAAGAAGCACCAGAAUCUGAGAUGGAGCCUCCACCACUUCCAGUGACCCCCCUCCCCAGCCCUCUCCCGCCUGACACCACCACACCUACUACCACCACCUUAUCCUCAACCACCUCCAGCACCACCACCACCACAACCACUGCCCCAGAGAAAGUUCCUGAGACUGAGGCACCUGCUGUGAAGUCAACAACAGCAGCAGCACCGGACACCACCACAGCAUUCACCUCGCCAGAGCCAGCAAUGAACAAAACGGCAGCCCCUGGUGAGAUGCCAGUGCUCACCACCACGACAGUGCUAGACAAUGGCACAGAAGUGGUGGUGGCGCUGCCGUAUGUCAGGGCACUGGUAGACUAUAAUGCCUGGGAGUUCUGUCAGCGUAAGCAUGAGUUCCGCUCCUUGUUUGCUGAGUGGAUCACGCAGGACCUGAACGGCAGCGUCAGGAAGGUGUCGCCUAAGGACAUCAGGUUCUUUGCCAUGGCAGACUGCUCAUCCUUCCCACCAAGCCAGAAUGACCAGACUGAGCAUGAGGAUGCAGGCAGCCAUGACACCACAAUGCAGGAAAAGAACCACACCCACAUUUACUUCUACGUCACCAGUGCUGGGGAGGUGGACCGGGAGCUGACGGAGAAGUUCCCGCUCUUCCCCACUGACCUGGUUAUCAGUGAGGAUCUCAAGUACCUGGUGCCCCGGGUGAUGCAGCUGGAGGUGGUGCGACCAGAUGAAUCCUCCAGCCAGGACCAGCUGCAGGAGGCCGCUGUGGGCACAUCUGUCAUUGUUAUCAUUGUCAUCUGCAGCAUCGUUGGAGUCACUAUCAUUGUUGCCCUUUUCUUCUUUAUGGUUGUCAAGAGACGUGGUGCCACCAACAAUUACUAUGGCCGUCGCUGCACGCCAGUCAGCAUGGAUGCCUACAGCAUGGACAGUGUCUCUGUCUACCACUCCUUCAGGAGGAAGAGCAAGAGGAGAGCAUCUGGUAGAUCGAUGAAGUCCUACCUCAACCAGGCCUUUGAUGACCCGAAUGGCCCAUCUCGUCCCCUCAACUUUGCCAAGCUGACACACUUCAUCUCAGACAUAGAUGGUGUCUAUGAGGAGUUUGCAACCAUUCCUGUCAACAUGCCUAAGUAUGAUGAGUUGCCACCUGGCGUCGAGGACAAAAAUAGGUAUGCCAAUGUGAUCCCAGUGCCGGAGACCCGAGUGCUCCUUAAGGUGACCAAAGACGGCCGGAACUGUGAAUACAUCAAUGCCAACUUUGUGCGUGGUGCGAGGAAUGAGUCCAAGUAUUACAUUGCCACACAGGCGCCUCUUGAUGACACUGUGGCAGACUUCUGGCGGAUGGUGUGGGAGCAGGAGGCGCGAGUGGUGGUUAUGCUGACAGACUUUGUGGAGAAAGGCAUUGAUAAGUGUGCAGACUAUCUGCCACCCUCAGAGACCCUGGACUGCCACAGGCUGUAUGGGGACUUCCAGGUGACCCUCAAAUCCCGCGACAUGAGAGAGAAGUUUGUGGUGUCCAAUGUACAGCUCAAGAACCUGGAGAACAACCUGAUGCGGGAGGUGGCACACAUGUGGUUCACUGGGUGGCCAGCCUCAGGGGUGCCCAAUGAGGAGGGUGCCUUCAUCUCCUUCAUCCUGGAAGUGAGGAGGACCCGCAAGAAACUGAGGGCAAAGGGACCCAUUGUUGUCCACUGCAGCCCAGGCACUGGCCGCACAGGAACCUUGCUGGCCAGCGACAUUGUCAUGAAGCAAUUUGAGGAGCACCGCACCAUAGAUGUGCCCCGUACCGUGUAUGCCAUCAGGAGGGACAGAGCGGGUGCCGUGCAGACUAAAGAGCAGUACGCCUUCAUCUACAGGGUGAUCAACUUGUAUGCCUCAAAGCUCACCUCUGGAAACCUGGAGUCUCUGUAGUGGCUCAACUGCCACCCUGGCCAGGCAUCGCUUCCUUGCCCAGCAAGUUGCACUUUUACUGCCGGUUUGUUCUGAGAGGCACCCAGACUGUGGUCCAGCGAGUGCCUCGAGUGACCGGAGUGCAAUAAAUGUCAAACUCCAAGCGCUGUGUCGACACAUUAUGCAUUUAAAACUGAAUAUUUUGAUUAUUAUAAAUAAAUGUAUAUAUUCAUAGCAUAUCAUCCUAUUAAUUUUAAUAAUGACACUAAGCUUUAUAAGAAUAUUUAUGCAUGAGACUUUUCAAAAUGACAGUCAUUCAUGUACAAAGAGAUAAAUCCAUUAUGAUCCACGUACGUAUAUAUUCACCAUGUUCACAACACAUCAUCUUACAUUUUCCCUUUUUAAACCUCUUGUCUACUUAAAAUAAGAUUUUAUUUAAGUUUUAAAAUACACCACUAUGUCUGGUGUACAGAUCUGAAGUGUGCUUGUCUGUGUAUGUGUACAUGUGUGUGAGAGAGAGAGUUUUUAACAUUAACACUGCAUCAACAUUCUCAUUUGCCUCUCCCCACCUCACCUCAUCUCAGAUCUGAUUUUUUAACAGUCCUUGAGGUGAUGACUUCACUCAUGUGUCUGCCACAACUUCCCUCUCCCAGCACCACAUGUAGCUUGGCCCUCAUGUGUUAUUGUGACCUGAUGGCACCCCAGCUUGAAGGUUCAAUGUGGUGACUGUGAUGGUGGUGUGUGGUGCUGGAUUAUUGUGAAAGAGAGAGGGAGAAUGAGGGAGAAGAGAUGGUUGCUCGUUGGCAUACUAGAGACUCGCUGGUAGCCUCUGUAAUGGUAUAUAAUGCAUUACCAUCCCUCCUUAAUGUCUGUCCAAUGCAACACAAAGUCAUUUGAUGCCAUUGUGAUCUUUGAAGGUGAAAACACACACACACACACACACACACACACACACACACACACACACACACACACACACACACACACACACACACACACACACACACACACACACACACACACACACACACACAAUGCCAAAUGAAUCCACUCAAGGCAGUAUGAGGUCAAAACAAUGGCAUUCCAGAUAUCUUAACUUUGUGUAGUGCCUGUCAAUUUAUCCUUCCUUCCCUCCUUUCCUUCCUUUUUUCCUUUCUUCAUUCCCUUCCUUUUUUCCCUCACUCCUUCCCUUACUUCUCUUCCUUUCCUCACUCCCUCUUUCCUUUCUUCCCUUACUUUUUCCACUCCCUCUUCUGCAACUCUGGCUGGUGUGUCCCUUGUCCCUUCAUAUACCAGUCCACUCAUUAACUAAUUCCUAAAUACAUGACUCAAAAAAAAUAAAACCUGGCUGAGCAUUUCCCUCCUCUGCUUACAACAUAUAGAGUCUCCUGUGUAUAUUUUGUCGCUCAUUGCCAGUCUUGUGCCUCCCCCUAAAAUGAAGGAACUGUGAUAAUUAGAUGUGGAAUGUAUAUAGAGGAGCAAAUGUAUAUUUUUAAUUUCCUCCUGAGUCGUGGUGAGGGUCUUGGGUCCACUAGGGGGCUGUGAGGUGCUCCUGGCAGCCAUCUGUCCUGCCGUGCCUCAGCCGCAGCGCCCGUGACCCGCUGGCACAGGACGCCAAGGUGUCAUGUUCAUCAAAGCAUUUCAUCAUGUGGUUUUGUAUAGUACGUGAAUGUGUGCCUUGAGAAAUAAAGUACUCACCGCUCA